UCAGAUUGACAAAUUAAAUAAUGUCAAUACCAAUAGUAAAUUGCGAUUUGUUCAUCGUCCAAAAUAAUACAAAUUCUUGAAGAAUUUCAUUUUAAAUGAUAUUUCACAAUGGAUAGGUUUGAGUAUAUUGAAGCACGGUUAUUUGACGGUGAAAAUUACCUUAAACGUGAUAAAAAUGUGAAGAUAUAUGACGGUGAUGAUAAGACUCAUUUUACUGAUGGAGAAGUAGUGCUAACCACACACAGAAUCCUGUGGGGAAAGCCAGGAGAUAUACCUAAGGGACUUGUAUGCUUGUCACUGCAUUUAUACUAUGUUUUUUGUAUAGAGGAGGAAAGUGGUGGAGUAUUUGGUCUUGGUGGACCUAAACGAAUUAUAUUGCAUUUGGGACCUGCAUUACCAGGCAAAAGACCAGGGCCUGCUGUAGUUAGUCCAUUCCAUUUUGUGAAAUUUUCUUUCAAAGAUGGAAUUGACCAAGUAUUUUAUAAAGCUCUAACUGAUGCUGUUGCUGCUAAAGCAUGGGAGAGGCCAGCAACUAUUUCUUCACCAACAAGUGUAACAAGCUCAAAUGCAUCCCUAAAACCAGCAGUAACUCCCGUUAAUUCUAAAAUCCGUUCUGGAAUUGUUGGAAUUGAAAGAAGUAUAGAAGAACAACACAGAGCUACUGAUGAAAGCAUCAACGUAGCAUUUCAGGAUUUGAAAAAACUUAUGGAAAAAGCCAAAGAUAUGGUUGCAAUUUCCAAAAAUAUUUCUACUAAAAUCAGGGACAAACAAGGUGAUAUUUCGGAAGAUGACACAGUUAGAUUUAAAGCCUACCUCAUGAGCUUAGGUAUUGAUGAUCCAGUGACCAGAGACGCGUUUAGAUCUGACUCGGACUAUUAUUUGGGACUCUCACAACAGAUUUCUGACAUGAUGGUGGCUGUACUCAUGGAUUGUGGAGGAAUAAUGUCAUUAGCUGAUGUAUGGUGCAGAGUAAAUCGAGCCAGAGGUUUGGAACUCAUAUCCCCUGAAGAUCUUUUAAAUGCUUGCAAAUUGUUGCAGACAAUUGGUGCUCCUAUGACCCUUAGGAAAUUUCCUAGUGGUGCAUGUGUUCUUCAGCUAAAUAGUCAAAGGGAUGAAGAAGUAGCCAAGACUACCUGUGAAUUGCUUGAAGAUAAUGGAUACCUGACCCCUGUGAAGUUAUCUCAAAUCGCAAAUGUUUCCGUCCUACUAGCACGCGAGCGUCUAUUCACGACUGAACGCCUUGGUAUGGCAUGCCGAGACGAAUCUAUUGAAGGCCUGGCAUUUUAUCCUAACCUAUUUUUAAGAGAAGCCUCAUAGAUAACACUACUAUUAUUACUGUUGCUAAUUAUGUUAGAGUUUAUUAUAAUUAUUUGCAACA